GCAUUUGUGGCAUAUAUCAUGAGCUUUUUCUUUAUUCCCGUUUUGAGACAUUUUCAUACGUCAUUUGUAGUUUUUUUUUUAAUUUAUAUACGAGCGAUUGCGGCAGACAGCAACAUUUUGCUGGCUAACUCUUGUUUCGUUCUUUUCUUCAUUAAUCCGUUUCUUCGCUCUUCUAAGUUUUGUUUAAUCCUUACUCCUAACUUUUUAAACUUUUAAACCUUUAAACUUACUGCUACGCAUCUUGACACUAUCAUCCCAACCAUUCUUUUUCUUUUCGCAUUACAUUUAUACGAUUAUCCUGCACACCUUAAUUACAAUGACCAUAGUUGCCACGAAAUCCACCCACGCAGCCAAGGUCACACCCAAUGCGGGGGAAAAGGUGCUUACCCUGGAGACAAUGAAUCCGAACCUCCGCGCCAUGGAGUACGCGGUCAGAGGUGCCAUUCCCAUCCGCGCCGAAGCACUCAAAGAGCAGCUAAAGUCCCACCCAGGAUCGUUGCUGUUCAAGCAGAUCACGGCAUGCAAUAUUGGUAACCCGCAGCAGCUGAUGCAGAAGCCCAUUACGUUUUUGCGCCAGGUCACUGCCCUGAUGGAGUACUCUGACUUGCUCUCGCCUGAUAUGAUCGAGACCACACGCAAGUUGUUCCCCGAGGACGCUAUUGAGCGCGCCAGGCACAAUCUCUCUUUUGUAGGGGGCACUCCGGGCGCCUACACGCAUUCGCUGGGUAUAUUCGAGGUGCGCCAGAAUGUUGCGCGGUUUAUCGAGCAGCGCGACGGUUUCCCUGCCAACCCGAACGAUAUUUGCUUGACCACUGGUGCUUCCGGGGCCGUCGAGCGCGUGCUUGAUAUGCUGGUGUCGGAUCCCAGUGUUGGCAUUAUGAUCCCCAUUCCGCAGUAUCCCCUGUACACGGCGUCUCUCACGCGGCUCAACGCGCACGCCGUGCCCUACUACCUGCAGGAGGAGAAGGACUGGCAGCUGAACCAGGCCGACCUGGAGAGAUCGCUCAGCGAAUCGCGUGCCAACGGCAUCGACGUGCGUGCGCUGGUCGUGAUCAACCCAGGAAACCCCACAGGUGGAUGCCUGCUUGAGUCCAACAUUGCUGAGAUCGUGCGUUUCUGCGAGCGCAACAACCUGGUGAUCCUGGCUGAUGAAGUAUACCAGUCCAACAUCUACACAGGCACUAACCCAUUUGUAUCAUUUAAAAAGGUCGUGAUGCAGUUGGGAUCAAGCGUCGAGCUCUUCUCCUUCCACUCGAUCUCCAAGGGCAUGAUCGGCGAGUGCGGUCGGCGCGGCGGAUACUACGAGGCAGUCAAUAUUGACGAGCAGGUCAUGGGGCAGCUGCUCAAGGUGGCGUCGGUCAGCCUGUGCCCCAAUGUGUCGGGCCAGAUGGCCAUUGACAUGAUGGUCAACCCGCCCAAGGUUGGCGAUCCGUCCUACGCCCAGUACGAACAAGAGAUGGAUGACAUUUACCAGAGCAUGAAGCGCCGCGCAAAGAAGCUGGCCAUUGCCUUCAACUCCUUGCCCAACAUGAGCUGCAAUGACGCGCAGGGUGCCAUGUACCUGUUCCCCAAUAUUGAGCUGCCCAAGGCGUUUGUCGAGGAGGCAAAGGCCAAGGGCCAGGCGCCCGACUCCCUGUACUGCAUGCAGAUGCUCGAGGCCACAGGCAUCUCGGUUGUCCCCGGGUCGGGAUUCGGCCAGUACCCUGGCACUUUCCAUUUCCGGUCUACCUUCUUGCCCCAGGAGGACCUCUUUGACGACUUUAUCGAUGGGUUCAAGCGUUUCCACCUCGGCUUCAUGCAGCAGUACUCGACCAAGAAUUAAAAAAAUACACUUAAAUAUGGUCUCAAAAAACGACUUGCUUUUAGCGCAAUACACUGUGGUGUAAAUAGAUUUUGUAAUUUCCAGACAUUUAUAACAAAAUUCUAGCUUUUUAACCAAAGGAUUUUAAACCGUUUUUCAUGCAAAAAGGCAUCUUCAGAGCCAACUGAAUCUGAGUCUAUAGCAACAACCAAGAUUUUGCCCAAGCCAAAACCCA